CUGUCACUGUGCACCUGCCAAACAGUGCCACUGCCAAAGAGUUUGAGACGAAAGGGAACCGAGGCAGCAAGGCAAAGGUCUCUCUCUGACUGUGCUGGUGUUACUGGGUCCUCUGUCCUGGCUCAUAGCAGCAACGCGUCGCUCUGUCACCGUUCCACCUGACUACCGAGCAGGAGGCUGUCUGGAGCUGUCACUCUUCACAUGGCUGUUUGAGGUGAUCACACUACAAGUAUAUCAUGACCUUUUCUGCUUUGCCCAAUGCCGCUGUGUACCCACUGCUCUCUUGCCUUGUUACCUGGGGACUAUUCACACCCCUGGCUCUAGCCAGCUCCUCACCUGUUAGCUCUAGUACUGACUUAUGCACAACCCCACAAAAUAGAGUCACCCCUGUGGAAUCAAGACUGCCAGUGUUCACCUUGGAUUAUCCUCACGUGAAGUACCCGUUUGAGAUCACAUUAUGGAUUUUACUUGCUUCCCUGGCCAAAAUAGGUUUUCAUUUGUACCACAAACUGCCAACUAUUGUGCCAGAAAGCUGCCUUCUCAUCCUUGUUGGAUUAGUGCUUGGAGGAAUUAUAUAUGGUGUCAAAGAAUCAUCUCCUAUUGUUAUGAAGAGUGAUGCUUUCUUCUUGUACUUGUUGCCUCCAAUUGUGCUCGAUGCAGGCUAUUUCCUGCCUACAAGGCCCUUUUUUGACAAUAUUGGAACCAUAUUUUGGUAUGCUGUCGUUGGCACUCUGUGGAAUGCUAUGGGUAUUGGAAUCUCUCUCUUUGGAAUCUGUCAGAUUGAAGCAUUUGGCCUGUUGGACAUUUCAUUGCUUCAGUGUCUGCUUUUUGGCAGUUUGAUUUCGGCUGUGGAUCCGGUUGCUGUUCUCGCUGUUUUUGAAAAUAUCCAUGUCAAUGAGCAACUUUACAUUCUUGUGUUUGGAGAGUCUCUUUUGAAUGAUGCAGUGACAGUGGUUCUUUAUAACUUAUUCAAAUCGUUCUGUGCCAUGAGUACCAUUGAAACCGUUGAUAUAAUAUCUGGAACCGCCAACUUCUUUUUAGUGGGAAUUGGAGGAGUAUUAAUUGGAAUCGUUUUUGGAUUUGUAGCAGCAUUUACCACCCGCUUUACCCACAACAUCCGUGUGAUUGAGCCUCUCUUUGUCUUCCUGUACAGCUAUUUGUCCUAUUUAACUGCUGAAAUGUUCCACCUCUCAGGCAUCAUGGCUAUAACAACAUGUGCCAUUUCCAUGAAUAAAUAUGUUGAAGAAAAUGUUUCCCAGAAAUCUUACACUACAAUCAAAUAUUUUAUGAAGAUGCUCAGUAGCGUCAGCGAGACUCUGAUAUUCAUUUUCAUGGGUGUAUCGACAGUUGAUAAAAAUCAUGAGUGGAACUGGGCCUUUGUCUGUUUUACGUUGUUUUUCUGCUUGUUCUGGCGUGCAGCGGGAGUAUUUAUCCUGACCUUAAUAAUUAACUGGUUUCGUACAAUACCUCUGACUACAAAAGAUCAGUUCAUCAUUGCCUAUGGAGGUCUUCGAGGAGCAAUAUGUUUUUCACUCGUGUUUCUCCUUCCUGAGGCAGUAUUUCAAAGGAAAAAUCUUUUCAUCACUGCAGUCAUUGUGGUGAUCUUUUUUACUGUGUUUGUUCAGGGAAUGACUAUUCGCCCAUUGGUUGAUUUUUUGAAUGUGAAAAGAGCGGAUAAAAAGCAGCAGAAUAUCAGUGAAGAGAUCCAUAAGAGGUUUUUGGACCAUGUAAAAGCUGGCAUUGAAGAUGUGUGUGGUCACUGGGGUCACAACUACUGUAAAGACAAAUUUAAGCGGUUUGAUGAAAAGUACCUGCGUAAACUUCUGAUUCGUGAAAAUGAGCCAAAAUCAAGCAUUGUUUCCCUUUAUAAAAAGCUGGAAAUUAAGCAGGCUAUUGAGAUGGCAGAAACCGGCAUUAGCAGAGAUCCUUCACUAUCUUCACUGGUAAACUAUCAAAAGCAAAAAGUGAAACCUCUUUCGCCCACUGAUGUGAAUGAAAUGCGAGAUGUGUUAUCAAAGAACCUGUACCAGAUACGUCAACGGACAUUGUCGUACAAUAGACACAAUCUUGCAGUUGGAACCAAUGAAAAACAGGCUAAAGAAAUAUUGAUUCGACGUCGACACAGCAUGAGAGAUAGCCUGAGAAAAGAUAACAGCCUUAUAUCCAGGAAUAGAGCGGCAAGUGCUCAUCAGUCACGAUAUUUGUCUCUUCCUGGUCAUACAAAGCUUCCUGAUCGACAAAAUGAAAAAAGGACACCUUCAUUUACAGUUGGAGACAGUGACUUCUACCCACGGGAUUCUGUCCAGCAGUUACAUUUCCAUCCUACAGCGGCAGAAAUCCUAAAGGAACAAAGACAAAAGCGGCAACCAUAUAGCAGUUUUGAGAUGCAAAAUGAGUUUGGAGAUAAAGAUACUCAAGGCCUGAGUUUAGAAAAUAGACCUCUCCAACAGAAAGGAGUUCGGGAACCUCUUUUACUAAAACCAAGAUUUGGAAGUUUGCCAGAAGAGAGGGUGGAUGAAAAAAGUGAUUUGAUGCCAAUGCCUCCACCUCGAAGUAGACGCACAUUAGAGUUUGAAAAACAAAAAAGGAGAUACGAAGACGAAAAACCUCGUCCUAGAACACCCAAAUAGAAAACAAAAGUUUUUCUGUGUAAAAACAAUGAGAUAUUUAUGUUCAUAUUAUAUAGGGUUUGUAAGCUAACUCAUAACAGAAAUAUAUAUGUAGAUUGAAUGGAAAUACUAAUGAAUUUAAUACUGAUUUUACAGCCAAAUGA